AUGGCUCCGUUACUGGGCCAUGAUACGCGCCCACCCUCCCGACGAAAUGGCCACGAGAUGACAUCUCCAAAGAACAUUCUCUAUAUCGACGCGUACGACUCUUUCUCCUACAAUGUUGUCGCCAUGCUCGAGGAGGUGCUGGAUGUCCGAGUUACAAUCAUGCAUAUUGACUCAACAUGGCCGGAUGGGAAUGCUGCCGAGUUUCUCAAACACUUCGAAGCCGUUGUUCUUGGGCCGGGCCCUGGUGAUCCACAUAUACCGGACGAUGUGGGAAUUAUGGAGGAUAUCUGGAACCUGAGCACUGCAGACAUGCUUCCAGUUCUCGGCAUAUGUCUCGGUUUUCAGAGUUUAUGCCUUCGUCACGGUAUUCCUAUUCACCGGCUACCGUAUCCGCUCCAUGGCCAGGUUCGCCGCGUUCAAACCACCGGUAAAGACAUAUUCGAUCGCGUACCCAAUCUGGAGGUCACUCUAUACCACUCCCUAUAUGCCCAGCUUGAGAAAUUACAGAAUGACCACGAAGAGGCACGAUCAGACAAGUCUGCAGCACAAGAGCUUGAUAUUCUGGCAUGGCUGCCCUUAGAGGAACAGGUCUCCACUGGCUUGGUUCAGCCGAUACAACUUCCAAUGGCUGUGCGCCAUAAGAGCAGACCCUUCUGGGGUGUUCAAUUUCAUCCAGAAUCUUGCAAGUCGGACAAGGAAGCAUGCAGACAGAUACUGGGGAAAUGGUGGAAGAUGUCUCUCCACUACAACAAAACCAGUGGACGGGGCACUCCCCUGAAAAUGAUACGCGACUGCCUCCACGAAUCGGACGACAUAGCUUCCUUACCGAACAUCGUGCAUACCAUGUUGACCUGGUGCACAUCUACUUCAAGAUACUCUUUUUUUCGACACUUCUACACUGAACCGCUAGAUUCGGCCUUGAUCUGUGAGACCCUCAACAGUCCCGGUUCCCCGACAGUGAUGUUUAAAUCCAAUGGCCGACACAGCAUCAUAUCUGUACCUAGUCCUGGCAGCUGGAGGUUAGAAUUCUUCACGCAGACUGAGAGGCUUUUCAUGGAAAAUCAUGAUUGCGAGAAUGCCCUAGAAGGGCAGUCUGUGAUUAAUACAUCCUUGUCAACCAGCCAGUUCUGGGAUGUCCUUCGAUACUUGAUGGACAUGAAAAAGGUCGAAUCAGGCAGUAGGGAUGUCCCGUUUUGGGCUGGUUUCCUCGGGUACUUCUCAUAUGAAAUGGGGCUCGCUUGCCUUCCUCACGCAAAUGGACAUGGCCACAACUCCUCGGUAGAGGAUUCAGAAGAUCCAGUGGAUGCGAGUCUACUAUGGACUGAACGGAGUGUGAUUCUCGACCAUGAGUCUGGCCGUGUUACUGUACAAUCUACACGGGAAGCUGACAAUGAGCCGGCGGGGUGGAUCGAGGAAACAGUGCGACUCCUGCAAGAUUUGUCAUCUCAUCCUGUCGUGGACAUUAUCGACAGUAUGACAACUGACACAGUGGCUCUGGAUUCCAUACUCAGUCGAUCCACAGCACAAUUUCCGAAUGGACAACAAUACAAAGAACAGUUUGACGCCUGUAUCGCCGAACUGCACGCCGGUGAAUCAUACGAACUGUGCCUUACCUGCGAAACAGUAAUCACAGUGCCUUGCUCUGAACCAGACAAUGGUAGCAUGAACUUCCCUUGGCUGUUGUACAAGCGCCUUCAAAAGUACAACCCCGCGUCUUUCAGUGCUUAUGCAAAAUUAGGAAAAGUCAAAGUUCUAAGCAGCAGCCCUGAAUGCUUUCUCAAUUGGGACCGGAAGUCUCUUCUGGAGAUGAAACCUAUGAAAGGUACCGUGAGGAAAGCAGACAAUAUGACGCUUGAAAUGGCCAAAGAGAUUCUCAGUUCGACCAAGGAAACCGCGGAAAACCUCAUGAUUGCGGACCUUAUCCGGCAUGAUCUCUAUGGUAUCUGUGGCUCAGGUGGCGUAUGUGUCGAGAAACUUCUUGAGGUCGAGGAUUACGGGCAUGUUUUUUCAAUGAUUACACAUGUCAAAGGCCAAGUUGAUCCAACUCGGCCUGGGUUCGCUGCACGGGACCUUCCACAGUUGCAGUCGGCGGAUAUGUCAGCAUACGGGCUUACGGCUCUACAGAGAUGCCUUCCGCCAGGUUCUAUGACUGGUGCACCGAAAGAACGUUCUUGCAUGCAUCUCUCCUCCAUCGAGUCUCGUAGGCGCGGGGUGUAUUCCGGUGUCAUGGGAUUUCUGGAUCUUGGGGGAGGUGGCAGCUUUUCAGUCCUUAUCCGCACCGCAUUCAGCUCUUCUAAUGACAACGAUCUCGAACAAAAAUGGCGAAUUGGAGCGGGUGGAGCUGUCACCAUCCUAAGCACGGCUCAAGGCGAAUGGGAUGAGAUGUUGACAAAGCUAAACACGGUCUAUACGGUUUUCAAGCCGGCUACUUCAGUAGUCCUCAGCUAA